UCUACUCAGCCUCAUUGUUUCCUUGUGUCCAUGACUAGAGCAUUCCCUUCUCAUUUUUCUUCACUUUAAGACUUGCAUCCUUCUCAAGAGUUUUCUCUCUCUUUUUCUCUGCUCUUUUGUGUUAUUUUUGUCACUUAGAGGUAAUUAGUCAUUAUGUUUCGUCGGAGGCAUAAUACUAGCGAAAAAUCUGAACUUGAUGCUGCUUUUCAAGAAGAGAAGGUCAGUGAGCUUAGAGCUGCUCUUGGAUCACUGUCGAGACGAAGUUCUCAAUUCUGCACUGAUGCAUGCCUGAGAAGAUAUCUGCGAGCUCGGAACUGGAACAUCGAUAAGUCGAAAAAAAUGCUAGAGGACACAUUGAAGUGGAGAUCAAAUUACAAGCCCGAGGAAAUUCGAUGGGUGAGAUUGAUUUCACUGCAAUUCUUAAAGUCGAAAUCACUCCUGCAAUUUUUUUCUGUGUGCCAGCCUGAAGUUGCCCAAGAAGGCGAAACCGGGAAAGCAUACCGUGCAAAUUUUCAAGACAAGGACGGGAGGACUGUCAUUGUGAUGACACCGGCAAAACAGAACACCACAUCACAUGAUAAGCAACUUCAACAUUUGGUGUAUCUGUUAGAAAACGCGAUUUCGAAUUUACCCGAAGAACAAGAACAGAUGGUGUGGUUGAUAGACUUCAAUGGAUGGUCACUGAGCAAUUCGACCCCGAUCAAAACUGCUCGAGAAGCCACGAACAUCUUGCAGAAUCAUUACCCUGAGAGACUUGCCACUGCAUUUCUUUACAAUCCUCCGAGAAUCUUCGAAACCUUUUGGAAGAUUGUCAAAUAUUUCCUGGAUCCUAUGACAUUCCAGAAGGUGAAAUUUAUUUACCCGAAGAACGAAGAAACUGUGGAUCUUAUCCAAAGAAACUUCGACGUAGAAGUCCUUCCGAAGGAGUUUGGAGGGAAAAAUGACAUGCAGUACAACCACGAAGAGUUCUCCAGGUUGAUGGAAAAGGACGAUACGAAAAUGGCCGGCUUCUGGGGAUUGAAUGAGAAAUCAAAACAAGUUGCCAAUGGACACUUGACUUCAGAAAUCACACCAGAAGCAGAGCCUUCACCGCCUCUCGCUGCGCAUGCUAGCUGAGAAAAUCUGCAUCAGUAGUUAACAUCUUCAAGUAACUUCUUUAACCAAUAAUGUUUAGUUGUACUGGAUGUUACGUUAAAAAAAAUCGGCAAUAAAGUUUAGAAGGACUAACAUUGGCUACUAAAUUUCACUGCUUUCUAGACAAAAUCUGUGGUUUCUGUAGAAUUGGCAUUUUGUAUAAGAAGGUCAAACAAUAAAUGGUGAUGAACCAAAUUGUUCAGAAAAGAUCGGCGCUC